AUGGCUACAUAUGCACUGGGGAACUUCAUGUCAGGAUACCCAGCUGGUUGGAAUCCAACUAUUAGACUUGCCAAGUACAUCGGCUUCUCAGCCGAUGAACCAGCAAGACAGUGCGUCGGCUUCGCAGCCGACUCAGCCUCAAGAUACCGCACCAGCAUCACAACCAGCGGUUACACCUGCAUCAGUACCUUCGCCAGCAAGUCCAAGCAACAUGUCGGCUCCAUGGUUGACAUCUCAACAGCAGUAUCUGGUGAUGAUGCUGCAACCCAACUAGCAGAGGUUGCCUUCCAAGGACUCCUGCCACACAUCAAGGAGAAGUAUGCUUCUCAGGAGUUCUACAUCAUCAGUCAGAUGGCUAACAGGAUGACAGAGGAGGCAAGACCAUAUGAGCAGAAGAGGAGCAACUUCCAGAAAAAGGUUAACUUUGUUGACUGCUCAGAUUCUUCUGAUUCAGAUGAUGAUCAGAUGGUGGGAUCGGCUGAAUGGAUUCAGAAUAAUAAGAAGCCGAUCUCAUAUCCUUUUGGUAACAAAGAACCCGAGAAAUAUGGGUUUGAUAUUACCAAGGCUGACAAGAUCUUCGACCUGUUGUUGUCAGAGGGACAGAUCAAGCUGAAGCCAUACAAUAAGAUCCCGACAGAUCAGGAGUUGAAGAAUAUCAAGUACUACAAGUGGCACAAUGCGACAUCUCAUGACACCAAUGAGUGCAAGGUAUUCCGUCAGCAAAUACAAUCGGCCAUAGAACAGGGUAGACUCAAGUUUGAGACACCCAAAAAGCCGAUGAAGAUUGAUGGGCAUCCGUUUCCAGCAAACAGGGUAGAUGUUGGAAAGAAGGGUAAUGCUUUACAAACAAAGAUGCUCACAUCACAAUCGGCCAAGGAAUCUGGUGCUGUUGAUCCCAAAGCAUAG